UCGUUACAGCCAGUCUAAUUUGAUUACAAUGCAGACUAUAUAUAAUCCAUAUCUGGUAAUUCGUUCUUACCUUCAAACGCUAGUAUGAAGUAUUUGUGUCUGCUCCUUUUGGCCACGUCGGUGUCUUGCCGCUUCACCGACGACUUCUACCAACUUUUGGCCAAGAAGAAUGCAAACAAGAAUCUCAUUUCCUCGCCCCUUUCCGUCGAAAUCGCACUGAGCAUGGCCUACAUGGGAGCCAGGGGAAAAACAGCCCAAGAAAUGAGGCAAGUGUUGAAACUGCCCGAGGACAAAAAGCAAGUGGCAGCCAAGUACAAGGAUCUUCUGACGGAGCUCGAAGGUCGCGAGAAGGUAGCCAUUCUAAGUCUAGCAAACCGCAUAUACGUGAACAAUAACUUCGAGCUAGUACCAGAGUACAAUCAGAUAGUCAAGGAUUCCUUUAAGGCUGAGGCGGAGGCAAUCAGCGUUGCUGAUCCUAAAAAAGCUGCUUCAAUUGUCAAUAAGUGGGUAGAUAACCAGACCCGUGGUAAAAUCAGAGACAUAGUUGAAGCCAAGGACAUGAGUGAUCUGAUUUUGAUCAUCUUAAAUGCCAUUUACUUUAAAGGCCAGUGGGCGUUUAUAUUUAAUCCCAAGUUUACAGAGAAGGUAGAUUUUCGCAUUUCGGAUCAAAAGAGUGUUCCUGUCGAGAUGAUGUCACACAUAGAAUCAUUUAAGGCUGCACAUAUUAGAGAACUGAGCGCCAAGGUUAUCGAGCUGCCCUACAGAAAUUCAAGCCUCUCUAUGGUCAUCUAUCUACCGGAUAGGAUCGAUGGGCUACCGGAAUUGGAGAAAAAGAUCGCUGGAUUCCCCCUGAACCUUCGCCACACUAAAGUGUCUUUAAGGCUGCCCAAGUUCAAAAUUGAAUUCUCCGUUGAUCUAAUCGAUCCACUUAAAGAGAUGGGCAUUCAAGAGGCGUUCCAAAUGUCGGCUGACUUCAAUGAUCUGGUUGCUAAGACUGGGGCUAAAGUGGGGAGCGUCGUUCAUAAGGCGUUCAUAGAGGUUAAUGAAGAAGGUGCCGAAGCAGCGGCCGUAACAAAAAUAGUAGCUAAUCCUAUGAGUGCUGUUCCGAUACUGAUGGAUUUUAAUGUCGAUCAUCCAUUUGCAUAUGUCAUUCGCGAUGAAAAGACCAUUUAUUUUCAGGGCCACUUCGUGAAUCCGAAAUUACCUUCAAACGCUAAUAUGAAGUAUUUGUGGUUGCUCCUUUUGGCCACGUCGGUGUCUUGCCGGUUCACCGACGACUUCUACCAGCUUUUGGCCAAGAAGAAUGCAAACAAGAAUCUCAUUUCCUCGUCCCUUUCCGUCGAAAUCGCACUGAGCAUGGCCUACAUGGGAGCCAGGGGAAAAACAGCCCAAGAAAUGAGGCAAGUGUUGAAACUGCCCGAGGACAAAAAGCAAGUGGCAGCCAAGUACAAGGAUCUUCUGACGGAGCUCGAAGGUCGCGAGAAGGUAGCCAUUCUAAGUCUGGCAAACCGCAUAUACGUGAACAAUGGGUACGAACUAGUACCGGGAUACAAUCAGAUAGUCAAGGAUUCCUUUAAGGCUGAGGCGGAGGCAAUCAGCGUUGCUGAUCCUAAAAAAGCUGCUUCAAUUGUCAAUAAGUGGGUAGAUAACCAGACCCGUGGUAAAAUCAGAGACAUAGUUGAAGCCAAGGACAUGAGUGAUCUGAUUUUGAUCAUCUUAAAUGCCAUUUACUUUAAAGGCCAGUGGGCGUUUAUAUUUAAUCCCAAGUUUACAAAGAAGGUAGAUUUCCGCAUUUCGGAUCAAAAGAGUGUUCCUGUCGAGAUGAUGUCACACAUAGGAUCAUUUAAGGCUGCACAUAUUAGCGAAUUAGGUGCCAAAGUUAUUGAGCUGCCCUACAGAAAUUCAAGCCUCUCUAUGGUCAUCUAUCUACCGGAUAGGAUCGAUGGGCUACCGGAGUUGGAGAAAAAGAUCGAUGGAUUCCCCCUGAUCCUUCGCCACACUAAAGUGUCUUUAAGGCUGCCCAAGUUCAAAAUUGAAUUCUCCGUUGAUCUAAUCGAUCAACUUAAAGAGAUGGGCAUUCAAGAGGCGUUCCAAAUGUCGGCUGACUUCAAUGAUCUGGUUGCUAAGACUGGGGCUAAAGUGGGGAGCGUCGUUCAUAAGGCGUUCAUAGAGGUUAAUGAAGAAGGUGCCGAAGCAGCGGCCGUAACACAAAUAGGAAUGGUAUUGCGCAUAAGUGCAUUGCCGCCUCCGUCACUAAUGUAUUUUGAUGUCGAUCAUCCAUUUGCAUAUGUCAUUCGCGAUGGAAGGAACAUUUAUUUUCAGGGCCACUUUGUGAACCCAGAAUGAUAAAAUGAGAUCUUUUAUAGCAAUAAUAAAUGGAAAUUUUACAUCGAAA